CUGGGCCCAUUUCUAAUGGGUCUGGCCCAUUAUAAAAGAAUCGAGGUCAAAAGAGAAGUGGAGAGAUCUAAAGCAAGUGAAAUCGGAGGUUGGAAAAUGGAUCAUACGGCGGGUCCGUCGGCGGCGGAGCAGAUUGUGAGAGAGAGAAUUAGAAGGAAAGUUAACGAAGUUAGUUCCGCAGCAAGGUCUAAUCUCUCUCCCGUGCAAGACCACAUCAAUUUCACCCUUCAGAGAGCAUACUUCAAAUGUGCGUACGAGUGUUUCGACAGGACAAGAACGAAUGGGGAGAUAAGCCGAUGCGCUGAGAAUUGUAGUACUCCGAUCACGAAUGCCCAGAACCAGUUUGAGAAUGAGAUGUCCCUGUUUCAAGAAAGGUUGAACAGAUCUCUCGUGGUUUGUCAAGACAAAUUCGAGGCUGCUAAGUUACAAAAGACCAGAGACAAAGCCGUCGAUGAUUUAGAGCAUUGUGUGAACCAAACUGUUGAUGAUAGUGUGAAGAUGCUGCCUCAUCUCCUUACCAGAUUGAAGAAGGCACUAUCUAUCAGAGAUUGAACUUCUGACUCAACUAUUUCACUUACAGUUAGUUGUGUCUCAGAUUUGUGACAUCUGAAGCUCGAUGCUGUCUGUAAGAACUAAUCACUGGAAGCUCAGUUGGGGAGAUUAAACUAAUAAUCACCUGAGACAUGUAUUAUCAUAUUCUUAUAUAUUAUAUGUAAUGAAAGAGCAAGAAUCAACAUGAAGAGUCGGUCAGUAAGCAAGCCAAGC